UUUCAGCAGACAGAGAAGUUUUGUUUUUAAAGUAUAAAGGCGGCCGGUGGUUUGAUUUUUCCACCACAAGGUUACGAAGAACGCUCUGCCGUCAAUUAAUGGUCAGUCUAUUUUGGUGCAAACUGAGUCCGAAGAGCUGUUUUUGUUGGGGAACCUUUCAGUGAAGCGACUCAUUUCCACACGGAACACUGUCCGACUGGGACCGUAAAUAUACAGUCGUAGCUGCUACUGCGGUCUGUCAUAGUGGAGGAAACUAUGACAUUUCAGUCAUUUCGAUGAAACACGGUAGCAUUUCCGUAGCAUUUCCAGUGACAGUCGAGAAAGAGCCGUGAAGUUAGCAGGUUUCGGUGUGACAGCGUGAGUUUAUUCAGAGAUGGAGUCGUGUCGGCGAGCAGGAGUUAGCGGGCUGCUGUGCUCCCUGUCUCUGCUCUGUGUCCUCCUGGACAUCCAGCUUGACGGUGUCUUGGGGGCGACUCAUGUCGAGAUCGAGCACCACUUGGAGAUGGGCCGCAAACUUUUGGCAGCUGGUCAACUGGCCGAAGCCUUGUCCCACUACCACUCUGCUGUGGAGGGAGACUCUAAGAAUUACCUGACUUUCUACAAACGAGCUGCAGUGUUUCUAGCGAUGGGAAAAUCUAAAUCUGCUCUGCCAGAUCUGACCCGAGCCAUCGAGCUCAAGCCAGACUUUCUCGCUGCCCGAUUGCAGAGAGGGAAUAUUCUUUUAAAGCAAGGGAACACUCAAGAAGCUAGAGAGGAUUUUGAAGCUGUGCUGCAGCGCUCUCCAGACAAUGAAGAAGCUAACCAGCAGCUGAUGAAGACAAACGAGCUGGAGGAGCUGCAGGAGGAGGCCCAUGCUGCAUACCACCAAGGAGACUACAGCACCACCAUUAGUGUAUUGGAGAGGGCUAUUGAGAUCUCUCCUUGGGAUCCAGAGUCACGCGAGCUCCGUGCAGAAUGUUACAUCCGAAUGGGAGAUCCGCAGAAAGCCAUCCAGGAUCUUACGCCAACAACAAGGCUGCGCAACGAUAACCGAGCUGCUUUCCUGAAGCUCAGCUUGCUGCACUACAGCCUUGGGGAGCACCAUGAGUCACUCAACCACAUCAGAGAGUGUCUAAAGCUUGACCAGGAUGAUAAAGAAUGUUUCAGCCACUAUAAGCUGGUGAAGAAGCUCAGCAAGCAGCUAGACUCAGCAGAGGAGCUGAUUCAGGAGGAGAGGUAUCAAGAUGCCAUUGAUAAAUAUGAAUCGGUGAUGAAGACAGACCCUAAUGUCCUGUAUUAUACCAACCUGGCAAAAGAGAGGAUCUGCUUCUGUCUUGUCAAGCUCAAGUUGGCUACCGAAGCAAUAGAUGUGUGUUCAGAAGCCCACCAAAGAGAUCCUCGCAAUGCCAACAUUCUCAAAGACCGAGCAGAGGCCUAUAUUCUUAACCAGGACUAUGAGAAAGCUGUGGAGGACUACCAAGAGGCCAGAGAGUUUGAUGGUGACAGCAACGACAUCCGAGAGGGGCUGGAACGAGCACAGAAGCUGCUCAAAAUCUCUCGUAAGAGGGACUACUACAAGAUCCUCGGAGUCAGCAGGAGUGCUAACAAGCAAGAAAUCAUCAAGGCAUACAGGAAGCUGGCACAGCAGUGGCAUCCUGACAACUUCCAGUCUGAGGCUGAGAAAAAGGAGGCAGAGAAGAAGUUUAUUGACAUCGCUUCCGCUAAAGAAGUCCUCACUGACCCAGAAAUGAGACAGAAGUUUGAUGCAGGUGAGGAUCCUCUAGACCCGGAGAACCAGCAAGGAGGAGGUGGAGGACAGAGGGGCUGGCCAUUUCACUUCAACCCUUUUGAGUCUGGCAGCAGCUUCCACUUCAAGUUCGAGUACAACUAGAGAGCAGGACUCAAUCAACACAUGAGAUUUUGCCACUUUUGGACUUAUUUGGGGAAGAAUUAAGCUGGAUUUCUGGAGAAGUCUUCCUCAGAACUUGUACAUCAGCCUGGACGCCGUUUUAUCGAUUCCUUGAACUUGAUUUUUUUUAACUGUACUUCUCACCACAAUAACUGAGAACCUAACUGUGGUUCCUGUUGAAUCAAGCUGUGGCUGUGGUUGAGGAAAGAAGGAAGUUUUGUCAACACACGUGCUGCUGAAGGAAAUGCAAAGGCAGUGAUUGAAAGCAGCAGAUGUGUCCGCUCUUAUUACUCAUUUCAUUCUUUGUGCCAUUCUCCCAACCUUUACUUUUGGAUGCAGUAACUCAUCUGGGACGACCCACAGGAAGAACAUCGGUGUGCUUUCUCAUCUUGUUGUGGCUCGCAGUAUUUGUUGAAGGGACCUCAUGUUACCUACGUUCAGUUGAUAUUCUUUACCACAUUUAGGUGUUUUUACUGUAGAGAAUUCAGACUUUUAUUUGACAUCAAACGGCCCAUUUUGUUGAGCUGUUUUAUUUAUGGUGAGACUUAAGCACUUUUACAUGAAACUUGUGGGUGUAAAAGUAUAGAAAUCCUAUGGAUCUUAAAUCAGUAUAGGUGCUUCCUGAUUGUUGUUGAUUUUGCUUUUAAACUAAAAUUGGUUUUUAGUUUUCUCACAGGUGUCGUGUGUAUUUGGGUGGAAACGUAUCCAACUACAUUUUAUGAUUCGGUUAUAAUGUACAAAAAGAAAAUAGGCCGAAAACAGUUUCUUGGAUAAAAGCAUAGCAAGUGAUGAUUAAAUCAAACAUCAUGCUUGUAUUUCUUUGCCUUUUUGCUCAUUUCUGUGAACAUCUUGAAGACUUGCACUUCUGGUCUUCUGUUUAAAAAAAACUCCGCUUCUCCCCUCCUGAAAUGUUACUGCAGAGUCUUUGCGAAUACUGUCAUCAGCAGUUAUAUGAGAACCUCAUUUAUAAAUAGAAAAAGUGCACAUGUCCAACAUUGAGCUGAGCUGGAGAUUAAAUUUCUGUGGUACACUGAAUGCACUUCCUAAGCAGGAUGUUUGGAUAAUAUUUAUCUAAGGAGGGACUGCUGCAUAAAGCUAAACCUAAACUGUUACAGGUGCAGUUUGUAAAUGAGGCUCAAAUGAUGCAGCUGUGAAGACACAUGGCACAAGAAGCUUUUUUUUCAUUUUUUGUU